AUGGUUGAAGGACCAGCAUCAAAUCCUCUGCCAACUGUUUUUCCCCGACAAACAAGCUCACUGGUCCCAACACCUGUUUCAAGAGGAAACGAUCUCGUCGAUGAUGUCUUCAGUGACAGACCCGGUGAUCCUGAAUCGCUCUUUGUUUAUUCUGAGACGAAGCAAAGCAAAAAACACAAGUCAAAAAACUUGCUGAAGUUUCAAUCACCACCUCCUCCUCCAGCCAGUGGGGAUGAAAUAGCUAUUGAAAUGGAGAGAACUCAAAAGCAGAAGCCAGUUGAUCGACUUCGAAUAAAAUCAUCAAGGUCAAGGAAUCCUUCUUCGACAACAACAUGCAACGCUGAUAGCCGGCGUAAACAGGACAGUUGCUCGUCAAGUGACAUCGAGAGUGUCACAAGAAUUGUUUUCAAGCCCCCACAUACGUCGACAGAUAUCAAUCAAAAUCGUUCUCAGCCGCCUCAGUCGCUUCCAGGACUCAAACUCGUGAAACCACCUCCGAAACGACCAAAACGAAAUCGCAAGCCGAAAAAGUCGGAAGCAUCUUCAACCAACCCAAAGCCGCAGAAAGAGCCAGGAUUGUUAUCGAAAUUCAUGGACCAAGCGUGGUACUAUGACACGAAUAUAAGUUGGUAUUCGUUUCAUGGAAAGGGUGCGGGCUGGAUUCUAGUGCUUUUUCCAUUCAUAGUCCUUUUUGGACCGUUUUUGAUGAGCUGUUAUGUCUUCAAUUUGCAUCAUCGAAGCAGGCGAUGCUGGCAUGAAUGCUGGAAAGUCGAUUUGAAAUACGACUGGUUCAAUUGCAAAGGCAAAGGAACUGGAUGGUCCCUCUUGCUCAUUAUUUUAUACAUCAUUCUUUCUCCUCUUCUCAUUGUCUUCACCAUGGUCACUUUUCUUGGACUUAUUAUCUGCUCAGUAGGUCAGGAAAGCCGACAGCUCUCUCCGAUCCAAAGAAAACAAAAAGACCAAGAUAAACCCAAAAACCCUUUCACUACUUCAUGA